GGGGAAAUGAGGAAUGGGAAGGAACGGGCAGGGUCAACAGCACCUUUCUCAACCGGCCCAACAUCCAAGGGCAGGACAAGGAACUGGGAGCCGGGUGGGCAGGGAGAUCAGACACGGAUGGAUGCCUCGGGAGGACUCGCCGGCUUCUUAGCAGCCCCAAGCGGCUGGGGGGGGGGGCACCCCGCGUCCUCCCGGCCACGCUUCCCACUUGGGUCAACACCCUCAGCUGCUGGCUGGCUCCUGCUCUGCCCAAAAAGGCACUCUGGCAAGGGCCCUGGUGUCAAGCAGCAGAUCUUGGACCCAGCAGGGGACUGCUACUCCUCGUGGCUCAACAUCAUGAUCGUUCCCGUCAUGUACAACUGGAUCAUUCUCAUCUGCAGGUCCUGCUUUCCAGACCUCCAGCACAAGUACCUGCUGCUCUGGCUGAGCUUGGAUUACUUCUGCGACCUCCUCUACCUGGUGGACAUUGGGGUGCAUUUCCACACUGGAUUCCUGGAACAAGGGAUCCUCAUUCGCGACCGCUCACGGAUCUCUCGGCGCUAUGUGCGCUCUUCCGCCUUCCUCUGGGAUCUCCUCUCGGUGCUUCCCACGGACCUCUUUUACCUGUGGCUGGGCAUGGGCAGGCCAGCCGUCCGAGCCAACCGCUUCCUUCGGACCCCUCGGCUUUUUGAGGCCUUUGACAGGAUUGAGACGCGCACGGCGCACCCCAACUCUUUCCGCAUCACCAAGCUGAUGCUGUACAUCUUUAUCACCAUCCACUGGAACAGCUGCAUCUACUUUGCCCUCUCCAGCUUCAUUGGCUACGGGGCAGACGAGUGGGUGUACCCCAACACCAGCCUCCCUGGCUUCGACCGGCUCGUGCGCCAGUACCUCUACAGCUUCUACUUCUCCACCCUCAUCCUGACCACCGUGGGCGACACGCCCAUGCCGCACCGGGAGGAGGAAUACCUCUUCAUGGCGGCAGACUUCCUCCUGGCCGUGAUGGGCUUUGCCACCAUCAUGGGGAGCAUGACGUCCGUCAUCUCCAACAUGAACCAAGCAGACGCUGCCUUCUACCCCAACUACGACUUGGUGAAGGGCUACAUGCUCACGCGUCGGGUCAACCGCCGGCUGCAGCACCGCGUGGUCCGCUGGUACCAGCACCUGCAGAUGAACAAAAAGAUGACCAAUGAGCUGGCGAUCCUGCAGCACCUCCCGGAGCGCCUGCGGGCCGAGGUGGCGGUCAGCGUGCACCUGCCCACCCUCCGCAAAGUCCAGAUAUUUCAGAACUGCGAGCAGAGCCUGCUGGAGGAGCUGGUGCUGAAGCUCAGGCCCCAGGUCUACAGCCCGGGCGAGUACGUGUGCAAGAAGGGAGACAUCGGCCGGGAGAUGUACUUCAUCCGGGAGGGGCAGCUGGCGGUGGUGGCCGACGACGGAGUGACCCAGUAUGCUGUCCUGGGGGAGGGGCUCUACUUCGGAGAGAUCAGCAUCAUCAACAUCAAAGGGAACAAGUCUGGGAAUCGGCGCACUGCCAACAUUAAGAGCAUUGGGUUCUCGGACCUCUUCUGCCUGUCCAAGGAGGAUCUGACAGAAGUGCUGGCCGAGUUCCCCAAUGCCAAGACCACGCUGGAGGCCAAGGGCCGUGAGAUCCUGCUGAAGAUGGACAAGCUGGACGUCAACGCGGAGGCCGCAGAAAUUGCCCAGCAGGCGGAGGAAGAGCGGCGGACGGCGGCCCUGGAGGAGGGCCUGGACGUGCUGCAGACAAAGCUCGCGCGAAUCCUGGCCGGGCUGGAGUCCAGCGCCUUCAAGAUGGCCCUGCGCCUGGAGCGCCUGGAGUGGCAGAUGCGUGAGUGGGGCGAGGAGGAGACGCAGGAGCCGGGCCACGGGGAGGGCACAGAGCCUUGACCCUUCCUGAGAAGGCUGCCAGCCCCGCCAAGCUCUCCCAGCUCUGGCCACUAGGCCUUCCUGCUGCCCUCAUUUUCCCCCUCCCCCCUGGUCCUCCCCAGUGGCAACUGUGUGUGCAUGUUGG